UAUGUUCGAAAACAAAAAUCUUUUUAAUUUUUAAGAAACCCUUUAAUAUCGAAAAUUGUCUUUUAUGUGCUAUGAUUGUAAAUAGUUUGCCUGAUAUGGACGGUGAUUUGGUCGAAAGUACCGUCCGCCAACAUUCAAAUGCACCACUUCCACUUACAUCUGCUGCACGACCUCCUACAUCUUUGCUUUUCUCACGUGGUAAUUUGAUCAGCAGCCGUGCAGGAAGUGACAGACCUGCGACAACACGUCCAUCUACUGCUGUCCGCGGCAUUGGUUACGUACCUAAUUCAACAGGAUCGGCCGGACAACGUUUUGAUCAACUAUUUUCAGAAAAGGCUAAACAGCAGGCACUGUCAUCUGCGAACGCAAAUUGGGAUGCAGAAAAGGAAGUCAACCCUCAAAUAAAGUUUAAAACUCUAGAGAUGAAAAUCGUGAAGCUGCUCGAGCAAUCUAUUCAAUUGUCAGCACGAACGUCCACAAUAAAUUCAGCGAUAAAUUCCAAUGUCAAAACGGGUUCCACAGAAUUAAAGACAGCUUUAACAGACGCGCUUAACAAGUCCAAGGAAGCGUUUUCGCUGGACCGCACAUUGCAUCAAUUUCGAGCUCAAUAUGGAGAAAAUAUAUACCACAAUUUUGAUUUAACCUACGCAGUAUUCUUUAACCUAGCUGAGCAAUAUGAACGCAACGAUAUGCACAUUGAAGCCCUCAACACCUACAGUAUCAUGACUAAGAAUAAAAUGUUUCCUCACGUAAAUCAGUUAAAGUUAAACAUGGGUAAUAUAUACUAUAAGAUGGGAAUAAUAACGAAAGCUAUUAAAAUGUAUCGUAUGGCGCUUGAUUCGGUUCCCAACAAUCUAAAGCAACUUCGACUUAAAAUAACCCAUAAUAUUGGCAUUAUUUUUGUACGGAUGGGGCAAUAUGUCGAUGCGGCAUCUAGCUUUGAGUUCAUAAUGUCGGAACAUGCUGACAUUCGUAGUGCCAUCCACUUGAUUCUGUGUUACUAUGCUAUGGGUGAUGUCGAAAAGAUGAAGAGUGCAUUUCGAAUUAUGUGUGACAUUCAACCAACUGAGACCGAAAAUGAUUUGGAGUUGGAAACCAAUAUAAUUAGAAUCCAGCAACAUGACUAUGAGGAUAGUGCGACUGCAGAUAAAAACGAGUUGAAGGGAUAUCUAUCAGAUUUCGAACAAAACAUAACUACUCCUAAUGAACAGUCUCUUAAUAGAAAACAAAGUACGAGUAUUGAGCUUAAAGAAAGUUUGCCUAAGACACAAAAUAAUGAUGAUCCAGAUAGGAAACGUCACAUAACAAAAGCACUCAAACGGGAUGAGCUUUCCAUCUACAUACAACAACAGCGGAAUAAGGAUAAACGGGCGAUUACUAUGGUUGUGGACCUAAUAUCGCCAAUCAUUGAGGAAAAUUACAAUGAUGGUUAUAACUGGUGUGUUGAAGUCAUUAAAACCUCUAAUUUGGCUUGGUUGGCCAAUGAACUGGAAUUGAAUAAAGCCUUGGUUUACUUGAGACAGAAUGAUGUCAGUCAAGCGAUUGAAACGUUACAAGUGCACAACAAUAAAUCCGAAGAAUCUUUGACGGCAAGUGCCCUUAUAAACCUAUCAUUCAUCUACAUAAAUGUGAGUAAUUUUUUUUAUAUAAAGUAUUUAGUUAUAUGUAUCUUUUUAAUGGGCAAUACCGACUCAAAAUUAGAAAAGCCCAACGCUAACGUAAUAAAUGAAGUAGAAGUAACAGAAGAAAAAAUUAAUAUAGAAACAAUAGAAAUAUGUAUAGUCAUAAUUACGAUUCAAGAAGUUCCACACACUAUUGAAGAACCAAUACAAAUUGAUAUCAAUAUCCUUAUAACACCUAAUAUACAACAACUUAUGAUAGAAGAUAAUAUUACUGAAGAGGAAGGACUGGAAGAAAUCAACAUGGCACAGACAAAUAUAGAAUUUAUAAAUACUGCCACCAGGUUGAUUCCUGAAUUCGAUGGAAAGCCAGAAAAUCUAAGAUCAUUCUUAGAUGCACUUUCUUUAGUAGACACACUAAAAGGAAACCACGAAUCAGUAGCCGUUAGUUUAAUAAAAACUAAACUAAAAGGCAAUAGCAGAAACCUCUUAGACAGUGAGCCGACAAUUCAGUCUAUCAUAGCAAAACUAACAGCAUGUGUAAAAGGCGAAACCAUUGAAGUAAUAUCGGCAAAAAAUUUUAACAUUAGACAAAGUGGUAAAUCCGCUAAUACUUACUGCAAUGAGAUAGAAACACUGACCAAAUCCUUAGAAAGCGCAUACAUCGCUGACGGCAUACCCUGUAGUCAAGCCACCAAAUACUCAACCCAAGUAGCAGUAAAAGCAAUGACCAAAAAUUGCACCAUAGAUAGAGAAAGUUUGUCGGAAGUUGCACCGAAGCAACUGGACAACACAACACUAUCCUACACUUCGGAAGAUCAAAUAAACCCUACCAUGGAAACAGAGGAAAUGGUAGAGAAAGCUACAGAGGUGGUAACAGAGGAAACUACAGAGGAGGAAAUCGACAAAACAACAGAAGAUACAAUAACAAUAAUGGUAAUAGAGAUAACAACUCCAACUAUCGUGGAAACCGUAACCGAAACAAUUAUAACCGACAAGAAAAUGGUCGAACUAAUAAUGUUAGAAUAG